AUGGCUCCGUUCGGGGACGGCGUGAUGGCGGCGGGUCCGUUCGGCGACGUGGACGGCGGCGGGGACGAGGGGGAGGCGGACGCCAGCUGGGGCUGGGACCCGCUGCGCAGCGGCAGCGCGCCGCCCACCAUGGACGGCGCCGUCGCCGCGCGGAUGGCGGCGGACGGGCUGCUGCCUCUUGCCGCCGCCGCCGGCGGCCGCGGCGGCGGGGGAUCCUUCUUCUCCGGGGCGGCGGCCGGGUUCGGCCCCAGGCUCAACGACGUCGGCAGGCACCGCGGGGUCGUAUGCGAGGACCAUUUUGGCAACUCUGCUUCACUCUCAAAAAGUUUGGCAGGCAUCCAGCUUAAUGGCACUGCAGACUUUGAUGGGAGAUUUGGACCGAGGAGAGUUGAUCGUGUUGGUGCAAUGACAGACUACUCCAUAUAUGAUAUGGGUUCAACAUGGACAGAACAGGAUGCUGAAUUUCAUAGGCACCCAAAUCACUUCGUGUCAAACAUGGGAAAGAUGAAUUCUUUCGGUAGAAGGGACCUUGAUUCUGCAUAUCUUUCUGAUUCUGAUCUCUCUGAUACAUUCUCUGGGCUGAGGCUAUCUAAUAGGACACCAUUUGAUGAAAGGAGUCAUGAGAAAGAGCUCUUUGAUGAAAUGCUCUUACAUCGUAGAGAUUUCAACUCUAAUAUGGAUGAUCACCGUUCUCCUUCAGCUGGUAGUAUUUUCAGCACACCUAGGUCUGAUCACUUUGAUCUCCGCUCGCCGCGUGGAAAUGUUUUACGCAGGCAGAACAGUUCAAUUGAUGCCCCCAAUGAUAGGAUGAAUCACCACCACAUUAACAAUGUAGGUCACCUAUCCUUUGCUGAAAAGCUAACUUUGAUGCAGUUGGGAAAUUUGCAUGGAGAAUCUAAUUAUCACCGCAAUGGAGCUCCAGCAAAUAUGAUAAACCCUUUGAGCAAUAGAAACAACACCAUUAGAGACAUGGAUUUGGCUAGGAAUCGUAGGGCAUAUCUUGAGGACCAUUUUGUACGGCAGCAGAAUGAUGAUGAUUAUCUACCAAAAUCUGGUCCCUCAUAUCAUAGCAACAGGCUCUAUCACGAUGAGCCUCGUGUGCCUUAUUCAAGAGUGCAAAGAUCAGGGUCCCACAUUCAUCCUAAUUUGGGGAGCAUCUCAUGCCAUGGUGACCAGCAAUCACGGCUAUUCUCAACUAAUAGAAGGUCAGGUGGUAGAAAUAUGGGCCUACAUAACAAUCAAGAUAAUGCAGUAGCACAGUAUGUUGAAUCUUUGGAUAGAAAUGUUGAUGAUUCCUUGGAGCUACUUGAUGCAGUUGGUCAUGUUAUGAACGUCAGUGUGGAUCAGCAUGGAAGUCGAUUUAUUCAACAGAAACUAGAAGAAGCAUCAGCUGAGGAUAGGGAAAAGAUCUUUCCAGAGAUACUAGACAAUGCUAUUGCUCUAACAACAGAUGUGUUUGGUAAUUAUGUGAUUCAGAAGUUUUUUGAGUUUGCUACAGAGAGCCAGUUGACCCAGUUAGCAGAUAAACUCAACGGUCAUAUUUUGAAUCUUAGCUUUCAGAUGUAUGGUUGCAGAGUUGUUCAAAAGGUUAUUGAGGUAGUUGAUAUGGACAGGAAGAUUGAUAUUGUUCAUGAGCUCAAGAAUUCUGUUCUCAAAUGUAUUAAUGAUCAGAAUGGCAACCAUGUAAUCCAGAAGUGCAUUGAGUGUGUUCCUGAAGACCGUAUCCUAUUUGUUAUAGAGCCUAUACUAGCGCAAAUUUGUAUGCUUUGUACUCACCAAUAUGGCUGCAGAGUUAUUCAGAGAGUUUUGGAGCAUUGCCAUGAUCCAGCGACACAAAGUGCUGUGAUGAACGAAAUUGUGCAGCAUGCUUUAGGGUUGACAGAAGAUAAAUAUGGGAACUAUGUUGUUCAACAUGUCUUGCAACAUGGGAAGCCAGAGGAGCGAUCAUCCAUUAUUCAGAAGCUCUCUGGGCAAGUGGUGAUCUUGAGCCAGCAGAAAUAUGCAUCUAAUGUUGUUGAAAAAUGUUUGGCCUUUGGAACUGCUGAUGAACGUGAUGGCCUUAUAAGGGAGAUUGUUUCUUGUGGUCAAACAUUUCAGGCACUGAUGAAGGAUCAGUUUGGCAACUAUGUUGUACAGAAAGUCCUUCAGACAUGUGAUGACAAAUACCUUGAGAUGAUUCUGUCAAGCAUCAAGUUGCACUUGGACGAACUGAAGAACUACACAUAUGGAAAACAUAUCGUUGCGCGGGUUGAGAAGUUAAUCAUCACUGGAGAAAACCGGGUGCGUAUGGUGUCCAAGACUUGCCAAUGUCAACAGCCAUCGAAGUGUUCAGAUGUUGAUGCCAAAUCUUCUUAAGCAUAAGUAUCAAUUUGGUGAAGCAAGAACCGGUUGUGGAGGUUUCCUUUGGUACAGCGUGCAUUGUAAUAUGAUCCCUUGGUAGAGAGAAACAAGGUUUUCAUCUUCCUUUCCGGUGUCCUGUAUAGAAUCUGGAGGGUUUGCGGGAACUUUGAGUAACUAGAUGAGCAUUAGGUUUUGCCGCUGUAUAUCUUUUUGGCCAUGUACAAGUUUACAUGUGGAUAUAGCUGUACAUUUUAUGGAGCUGCUAGCUGGUGAAUUGUGAU